GAGGGGAGGGGAGGGGAGGGGAGGGGAGAGGAGAGCUGCCGCGAUGGCGGAGGAGGCGGAGGGGAUGGACCGGUUCGACAUGGAGGGGGACUUCGAGGGCGGGCAGUUCGGCCGCGACGGGGAGUUCUACUACCGGAGCCGGCGGGAGCGGGCGCCGCAGACCCGGGACGACGCCAUCUACGGGGUGUUCGCGGAGGGCGACUCGGACUACGACUCGGAGGAGGAUGAAGGGUCCCGCCGCCGCCGCCGGAAGCGCCGCAAGGACGGCGGCGGCGGGGAGGCCGAUCUCACCAAGCCCGUCCAGUUCGUCUCCACCGGCAAGUUCAUGCCCACCCAGGAGCCCGAGCCUGAGGAGAGGCCGGGGCUCGGGCGCUCUGCCGCUGCCGCUGAUGAUAAGGCGGAGGAAGCGGAGGAGGAGGAGCAGGACGAUGAGGGGGACACCGAGAUGCUGCCGGCGAUGUUCGGCAAGAUCAGGGACGGCGCGCGCGCGAGGCGGGAGGAGAAGGAGCGGGAGCGCGAGGCGGCGGCGCGCUGGCGACAGGUGGCGGGGCUCGGGGCGGGGGAGCCGGCUGCGGCUCCUGGGAGCCUGGAGUCAAACUCCAAGGUGGCCAAGAUGAUGUUGAUGAUGGGGUACAAGAAAGGCAUGGGCCUUGGCAAGAAUCAGCAGGGGAUCACUGCGCCGGUGGAGUCCAUUCUGCGACCCAAGAAUGCUGGCCUGGGGAGCGUCGAGGGGUUCAAGGAGCCCAAGACCUUGUUGCCUAAGGAGAACGUACCAGCCCCGCCGCCGCCACCAGCAUCUGCGAAGAAGGAGAAGCGUUGGUCCAAGAAGGCUGCCACAAAGAAGGCUCCAAUCUUGACAAAGAAUGAGCUCCUGGCCAUGCGUGCUGAGCAGGAACACGAGGAGCAGCCUGCUGUUGUCCAGAAGGUGAUUGACAUGCGAGGGCCGCAGGCGCGGGUGCUGACAGACUUGAAGGGGCUCAAUGAAGAACAAGAGAUGGAGGCGAAUGAUGUGCCCAUGCCAGAGCUGCAGUACAAUGUGCGCCUGCUUGUUGAUGAGGCUAGGGCUGAUAUUGUGAGGUUGGAUGCGCAGCUGCGGCGGGAGCAGGAGAAGGUGGCUAGCUUGGUGCGGGAGAAGGAAAAAGUGGCUAGGCAAGAGGCAUCGCAGAAACGUCAGCUGCUGGUGAUGGAAAGAAUUGCAGAGACACUGGAGAAGGUCAGGGAGGAUGAUACAGCUGGCAUGCUCACUCUGGAUGGUUUGAUUCAGACAUUCCACGGGUUGAAGGUGCAGUUUGAGGAGGAGUUCAAGAUGUGUAGCAUUGCAUGGAUUGCUUGCCGAUAUGCUCAUCCGCUGCUAAUCCGCAUCUUCCAAGGGUGGCAGCCCCUGCAGGAUCCAAAGUUUGGGUUAGAAGUCAUGAAAAAAUGGAAGGACCUGCUGCAGGGUGACCAACCAUAUGACUUCUCAGAUAGUGCUGCAUCAAUGACGCCAUAUGUGCAGCUUGUUAGUGAAGUCAUCCUACCAGCUGUGAGAAUAUCAGGAACCAAUUCGUGGGAGGCUAGGGAACCAGAACCAAUGCUCCACUUUCUUGAGUUAUGGGAUAAUAAGAAGUUGCUGCCUCCUGUUUUGCUUCAAUCAAUACUAGAGCAUGUAAUCAUGCCAAAGCUCUCAGCUGCCGUGGAUUCAUGGGAUCCUCGCAGGGAAAGUGUACCAAUCCAUGUCUGGGUGCAUCCAUGGCUGCCAAUGCUAAGGGAAAGGAUAGAGACCUUGUGUCAUUCUAUUCGAUACAAGUUGAGCACUGUCCUCCAUGUAUGGCAAGCACAUGAUGCUUCAGCAUAUGCAGUGUUGUCUCCGUGGAAAGACGUGUUUGAUUCAGCAAGCUGGGAAGACCUGAUUGUGCGGUAUAUCAUUCCUAAACUGAGAUUGGCACUGCAAGACUUUCAGAUCAACCCAGCAAACCAGAAGCUUGAUCAGUUCAACUGGGUGAUGUUGUGGGCAUCUGCAAUCCCAGUACACCUCAUGGUCCAUAUGUUGGAAGUUUAUUUCUUCAGCAAGUGGCAGCAGGUCCUGUACCAUUGGUUGUGCUCACCAAAUCCUGAUUUCAACGAGAUAAUGAACUGGUAUAAGGGAUGGAAGGGUCUUUUCCCACCAGAGUUACUUGCCAAUGAGCGCAUACGGAUGCUGCUAACUGCUGGUCUUGACAUGAUGAACCAAGCUGCUGAAGGACUUGAGGUGGUGCAGCCUGGGGCUAGGGAGAAUGUGGGUUACUUGAGGGCAACUGAGAAGCGGCAGUUUGAUGCAGCACAGCAAGCUUACCAUGCUGCGCCAGGAGCUGCCAUGGCAGAUUUGAGCUUCAAGGAGUCUAUACAGGCAUAUGCAAUGGAGCAAGGUUUGUUAUUUAUGCCUAGAGUUGGCAAGUUCUACAAUGGCAUGCCAGUGUAUGAGUUUGGCUCCGUUAGUAUUUGCAUAGACUCUGUGAAGCGACUACUGUAUGCACAACUUCAAGAUGGAGUUGAGAGAUGGAGUGCUGUAACUCUUACACAAUUGAUGGACAUGAACCGAAUGGGAAGACCACACUAGUAGAUCGCCUAGGCUUGGAGUUGCAUCACAUUUUUAGGUUCUUCCUUGUUUUGUAAAACUCUUCAGAGGUGUCAAUCAAUAGCUUUUUUGAACAAUAACUCUGUUGAAGAAGAAAGGGGUUGGAUUGAUAUCUAAAUGUGUUGGAUAAUGCUGUGCUGCCGGUGUUUACUGUGGUGCUGUCAAUAUGAUGUGGCCCCUCAGUAAUUUCUAUCCAUAAGCUCUGUUGUAACUGCUGAAGGACUUCUGCUUAUGCAGUUGCUGGAAAAUCCUAAUUACUCUGAACACUUCUGGUUGUGCACUGAAAUGUGUUUGUAAAUUCUUUAAUCGAAGACUCCAGGUAUGUUUUUGUGGUUAUAAAUUCUUUAUUGUGUUUGUAUUUGUUCACAUGGUUGGAUCUCCUUACAUCAAGAUUGCUACUGAGUACUGUUUUUCUAAGUCAUAAAUCUGAUGGGAUUCCAUGUGUGUAGACAGUGAUGGUUGUUAAAGUUCAGAUUCUUUAUGAACUUAUUUCAUAUACUUUGUUCAACUGUUGCUUCAAUAUAGUUGACCUACCAUAAUCCAGGACAGUUGCUGUGGAUAGCUUUUGCUAAAUUUGAGACUGGAAGGUGUAAAUAAUGGUAGUGACAUUUAUUCUAAAGAUUUAUUGUUGCUCGCGAAAGAAAAUUUAUGUAUUAAUGCCUACCUAGAAGUCUUAGGUUAAAGUGUCAUGUUAAAGGAAAACAUAAGAAUUCUGGUCUGCUUGUGUCAUAAAAAAAUACCUGAAGAAACCAGUAGUGUUUUUCCCCCUGUUAUUAUAACAAGAAACCAAUAGUGUAGUACACUAGUACUACCGGCUUUUCCAGAGCGUCAUAGCAGAGCAGAGCACUUCUGCAGCCGGUGCCGCAAAGCAAGACACUCGCACCAGACGGACGGGCCGGCCUAAUGGAAAGUUAAUUUUUUUAUUAGUGUUAACUAAAAUGGCAUCCUCAUGAUUUACCCAUCCUGAAAUUAAACCUUAACUAAGUAGCAUGCCUGUGCAUUGCUACGGGAUAACUAACAUUUUAUAUUUAAAACACACGGUUCUCGCAAUAAAAUAACAAUACUGUAAAACUUAAAUAUCAAUAUUAAAUUGACAUUAUUUCAAGAAAACAAACUUCAUGAAAUUAAAAACAGUCACAUAGAGGGUGGCGUCGCAGGCUCAAAUGUCGUGUUACGCCAAGUCAGCAAUGCAUGUCUUUGUCCAGAUGGGACAUGUGAUUUAUGUGUCAUAUGGCUAGGCGGUAAUUUAUCGCAUCCUUCAUCGACCUCCUCAUGAGGUGAAGGAAUGUAAAGAGAUGUUACACUGGACUCUGGGAUAAUCAAAUCACUGGAUUUUGUCGUAGUUCCAUGAGUUCCAGAUGUGUCCGCAGUGACCAUGAGUUCCAGAUGCAUCCGCAGUGGGCCACAUAAGCUUAGGAGGUUCUCCAUGGCGAUAGACUCCGGGUGUAGGGUGUGCUUUUGCACCUCUCUUCGUCUUUUAUUACUUGCUACUUUGGCCUCCUUUCACCCUGGCACCCUAUAACUCUUUUUUUGUUGUUCGUGUCUAGCCUCCCUCUCUUCUGGUGUCAUAUUUACAUAUCGUUCCCUAAAGUACUGUUGAUGGGGUUUACCAAAAGUAGCAGGGGUAGCACAAUCAUGACUCAGAUUGGUGUCCACAUAAUCUUUUGUACAUGGUGUUUUAGUCGAGUCAAUGAUGCUACUGUUAUCUACACUCAUCGCCAAGCAUUCACCUACAUAAGCAAUAUUGUUCAUUAUCAUGAGGUUUGUAUGACUGGGUACAGCCAAUCGUUAUUCUCGGCGUCGACUGGGUGUUUUCAACGGUGGUUGCACCGUCAAAAGGAAAAACUUAUGGCAGCAAUCUUAUUUCUACUGGGGAGAGAUUGAGGCAGGAACUCUGAAGUUUGAUAGGUCCAGUUCUGAGGUCGCUGUACUACGAGAGCUCAAGAAAGAAGAAUUCAUCGAGUUCUUCAACCAGUACAUAAAAGUGGGCGCGCCUCAAAGGAGGACACUAAGCGUGCAAGUCUUCGGCAGCAACCAUUCGGCUGAGUUCAAGAAGGCGAUCAACGAAGCCGACCCGCCCAAAACGUACAGAAUUACAGACAUGUCCGGCUCCAAACGAUCGAGGCCACUGUACGGCUCACUCAAGAGAGGUCCGGGAAGGAUCACCAUGGACUGACAGCCAUCAUGUGCCUUAUUUUUCAUGUACGUAGUGUAAUGGCCUGUGCAUAGCAUGAAUUCGAUUCUGAAUCCUGUAUCAGAUUCGAAUUGCACGAUUGAUGCUAUCUUCACUCAUGGUUUUAACCAGUAAUUCAUGACGGCGUGUCACUUUCUGGGCAAACCUAAGGAGCUGUAUGAAGUCAUGUAUGUUCACA